CCCGCUACAUACCAGCGAUCCCUGCGCGGGCCGCGGUGCUCCGGCGCUCUCUCAGUGGAAUGGCUGACCUCGGCCCAGAUCCUGAAUCAGAGCCGGAGUCGGUGUUCCCACGGGAGAUCGGGCUCUUCGCGGACUCUUACUCCGAAAAGAGCCAGUUCUCCUUCUGUGGGCAUGUGCUGAGCAUCACGCAGAACUUUGGGUCUCACCUCGGGGUGGCGGCGGGUGUGUGGGACGCGGCUCUGAGCCUGUGCAGUUAUUUCGAGAGUCAAAAUAUGGAUUUCCGAGGCAAGAAGGUGAUCGAACUGGGCGCGGGGACGGGCAUCGUGGGCAUCUUGGCAGCGCUGCAGGGGGGGGAUGUUACCAUCACUGACCUGCCUCUGGCCCUAGAACAGAUCCAGGGCAACGUCCAGGCCAAUGUGCCAGCUGGAGGCCAGGCCCAGGUCCGGGCCUUGUCCUGGGGGAUUGACCAGCAUGUCUUCCCUGGAGACUAUGACCUGGUGCUGGGGGCUGAUAUCGUGUACCUGGAACCCACCUUCCCACUGCUGCUGGGGACCCUCCAACAUCUGUGCGGGCCCCAUGGCACCAUCUAUCUGGCCUCCACGAUGAGAGAGGAGCAUGGGACAGAGAGCUUCUUUCAGCAUUUCCUGCCCCAGCGUUUCCAACUGGAGCUGGUCCAGCGAUAUGAGGAUGAGAAUGUCAACAUUUAUAGGGCCAGGCACAGGGAACCAAGACCUGCUUGACAUCACCCCUUCUGUUCUUCUCAACCUUUUGCCCUAAUGAAGGAAGUGCCCAUCUUCAAAGCCAUUCCACAGAGCCACAAACACAAAGACCAGAAAGGAUGGAUUUCCCUGGUCUCUCUUUUUCCUCUUUCCCUCUUUGUUCCCCCAGAUACUCUUGGGCUGGUACAGGGAGAUGCCCGCUUACUAGGAAUCCUAGAGCCCUGGCAGCACUGGAGUUAGAGCACCAAGGAGGUUCCCAGCUCCUGUUCUCAGAGGAGGAAGAUGGGAGAGUAUACAGGAUUUUUAGGGGUAAGGGAAGUGAGUGGGUUGUGAGAGCAGUGGCUGCGGAGAGAGACUGUCACUGAUCACUUGUAGUCCUGGUGCUGUCUGUUUAUACAGAAUGGACUUUUUAAAAAACCAAAUUCUGUGGAAU